AUGGAAAGACUUGACGACAGACAGCUGGGUUCUUCUUCUUCUUGUGGUGCUGGUGGUGGCCAUGUGUCGUGGGGGGAAUUUGGGGAACAAGCCAGCGACUACAGCGAGUCGGGCGCUUCAUCAGGCGAUGAGGCGUACUUCGACCGCGAGGAGGAGCUGCGCGGCUACCAUCGUGCCAUCGACUUCACACUGCACACCAUCAUCGAGGAGAGCUGCGAAGAAAGCGACGGCGAACGGCGGUCCCGCACCCACAGUCCGCAUCCGAAGCCGCCGCCGUCGCAGAUGGAGAAGUACUUCUACUUUGACAUUGGCGCCGGGUCCGAAGGCGCCACUGCUGCUGCUGCUGGUGGUGGUGGUGGUGGUGGUGGUGGAGGUGUGCCGACGACGACGACCAAUUCGGCGGCCACGGGAAUUGCCGGCAGAAAGGUGCCGAGCAAAACACCCAUCAUGCCCCAAGGCAUAUUGAAGAAAUGCCGUCGAGUGGAACCAGAACCCGAAUUAGAAGAACCCGAGGAACUGGAAGAAUCUGACGACGCUUCGUCGCAGUGUUCUGCGUCAGCCUCUGCCAACGACGGCAGUGACAACAAACACUUUACGACGGAUUUUUUAGAACGUGGUGACAUCGCGGUGAUCUAUUCUAUAUGA